CCCCCACCUCCCCACCCCCACCCCCAGCACUGGGCUGGCCAGGCCGGACAGCUGACUCCAGCACUCUUGCUCACGUGAUCACCACCGCUGUUCCCUGUUGCGCUCAAGUGUCCCGGGCCAGGGUGGGCGCUUCCCAGGGCUCCUGCUGGGAGGGGAACCAGAUGUUCCUUCCUCCUGAUUGCUGACUUAGCAGUGCACUGCCGGCUGCGGGCGUGGAGGGAUUAAUCAGUGACCGGACGCGGCCCGUGUCGGAGCAGUGACCGGCUGUGGUCGAGAGCACCUGCGAGGCCAGCCCCGCGAGGAGUGCGCCCAUUUCCCGUCCAGUCCCCUGCUGCUCAGCCCCCUGCUCCUGCCAUGGGGUGCCUGGGGGCUCUGCUCUUCCUGCUGGGGGCCCUGGGGGCUCGUGCUGAGAUCUGUGCCUGGCUCUGCCACCUUGUGUCUUUUCUUUCCUAAGGUGUGCCAAAAGUGGACAGCCAGCUGGUGGAGAAGCUGGGCCAGCGCCUCUUACCUUGGAUGGACUGGCUCUCCCUGGAGCAUCUGAACCCCAGCAUCUAUGUGGGCCUGCGUCUGUCCAGUCUGCAGGCUGGGACCAAGGAGGACCUCUACCUGCACAGCCUCAAGCUGAGCUACCAGCAAUGCCUCCUUGGCUCGGCCUCGGGCGACGACACCAGUGACUGCCAGGCCAAGCCUUCCAUGGGCCAGCUGGCCCUCUACCUGCUCGCCCUCAGAGCCAACUGCGAGUUCGUCGGGGGCCGCAAGGGGGACAGGCUGGUCUCACAGCUCAAGUGGUUCCUGGAGGAAGAGAAGAGGAACAUUGGUCACGAUCACAAGGGCCACCCCCACACCAGCUACUACCAGUACGGCCUCAGCAUCCUGGCCCUGUGUGUCCACCAGAAGCGGGUCCCUGACAACGUGGUGGGCAAGCUCCUGUACGCCGUGGAACAUGACCAGCACCUCCACCGGGGCCACUUCUCCGUGGAUACGGUGGCCAUGGCAGGCUUGGCCUUCACUUGUCUGGAACGCCUCAACUUGAACCCGGAUCAGAAACAACGGAUCAGCACGGCCAUCGGCACAGCACGGGAGAAGAUUCUGGGGGCCCAGACCCCCGAGGGCCACUUCGGGAAUGUCUACAGCACCCCGUUGGCUCUGCAGUUGCUGAUGGCCUCCCCCGUGUCCGGGGUGCAGCUGGGCGCGGCGUGCCUCAAGGCCAGGGCUGCUCUGUUGGCCAGCCUGCAGGACGGAGCCUUCCAGAACGUGGUCACGAUCUCCCAGCUGCUGCCUGUCCUGAACCAUAAGACCUACGUGGACCUCAUCUUCCCAGACUGCCAGGCACCAAGAGUCACGUUGGUCCCAGCUAGCGAGGCGCCCUCACUGAGCGAAGUCCCAGAGAUCAUCACCGUCUCGCUGAGGGUCCCCAGUGUCCUGCCACCCUACGAGCGAUCACUCUUUGUCCUCGCCGGGUCCUCUUUGGAAGACGUCCUGAAGCUGGCCCGUGAGACUGGAGGAUUCACGUUUGAGACACAGGCCUCCCUGUCAGGCCCCUACCUGACCUCCGUGAUGGGGAAAGUGGCUGGGGACCGUGAGUUCUGGCAGCUCCUCCGAGCCCCCGACACCCCUCUGCUGCAAGGGAUCGCUGACUACAGACCCAAGGACGGGGAGACCCUCGAGCUGAGGCUGGUCAGCUGGUAGCCCCGAGGCCGCCUCGCACACCCCCCGGGCUUUCCAGGCCUCCCUCCCCAUGUCCUCAGUGUGGGGCCCCGACCUCGCUGCCACGUCCUGUGCACUUGGAGAAAUGUCACUGGAUCACCCUGGCCACCACGCCAGCCAAGGCCUAUGCAGAGGCUCACCCUGGAGCAGGGAGCAAGCACGUUCCCCAGGACGCCCGUCGGCCCAGGUCUGGCCCAGCGUGGCCCUGCGCGCCUCCCGGGAAGACCACGCCAGCAUCUGAAGGGCACGAAAGCAUCUCGGGCUCCUUGGGAGGAGGAGGACAAGCGUGGUGACUGCUGGUGUCGUGAGUACCGCCGCUCUGAGUUGGGGAACCCCAGCUCUGCACUCCGCUGUCGGAAGUGGCAGCCCCAGAGCUGGCCGUGGGGCACCCGAUGCCUGCCUUGGAAGUGAUUAAAGCAUUGAUUGUCCGUGCA